AUGAACACCUUAUCCAGUCCACACUUGUGCUUUCGUGGUAAGUUGCACACAGCCGCAACCGAGUCAGUGUCAUGGUUACACAACAAUGAACCCAUCAAAAUCGAUGACAAAUCAAGUCAAGAAGCAUAUUACACAGUAGAAACAUUGGAAGACUCUAUCAUGGUUGGUCUUCACUUCCGACUUCCAACCGCCCGUGUUACUGGCAACUGGACCCUGAUUGUCACAACGGCUGAUGCACAGGAGCACCGCGCUGUUUGCUUUGUCUCGUCAUCACCCAUUUUGAGACCACGUCUUGGUGCCGUUCGGGGACAGGAAGGAAAACCGUUAACCGUGACUUGCGAAGUCGAUUCGUACCCACCCCCAUCUCGUAUCCGAUGGAGACGACUUUUGGAGAAGAACGGUAAAGCUCAACUUGUUCCAGUUUCCAAUUGUCGCACAACUUUGAAACGCAUCCGUGAAGCUCUAGAGGAUCAGAAAUUGAGUAUUAAUCCCAUGUCUGGUCGCCCGCAAUCCAGCAGCCAAAUAAAACCCGACGAAACGGCUGAUGGAACCGUGGCUGUCAGUGAUUUUGUGCGUCAGUUUGUUCGACGCCACGUGGAUCCGGGGAGAAGAUCGCAAGCGGAUUUGGCUUUGCAACCGGGUGGGAAUGGAAGUUCAACUAAUCACAAUCUCACCCUGAUUCCUCAAUCCACACGUCUUGUGCGACCCCAACAACCAAAAAGACGUCGUCCGAUUAAGGGUUAUGCCAAACCAAUGUUAGAUUGGCCACGCAUAGCUUCCCAGGCAAAGGAUACGCCAGCGGCCAAUUCCAGUCUCACCAACCAGUUAGAAACGGUUUUGCGCAUGAGCCUGGUGGGAUCGUGUUUACGCAUUGUGCGUUCCACAGCUGUACCUUUGGUAAGUGCACGAUUGACUGUCAAACUAGUUGAUUUGCCUACUCAGAGCGCUGAACUCAACUUACUCUCAUCUGACUUUAAUGUGAAAAAUUUGGCUCACUGUUUGCGCGUCUGUGAAACUGUUGUGGUUAAAGUAACAGACACAGUUGGGAACCAAUUUCUUUGGUGCAUACCAACCUCGGUCGGUCUGAUUGACUAA